CUACACCUCCAGCUUCGCAUGAAAGCAAGAUUUAUCGGGAAAGAUUGUCAGCACUAUUUUGAUAACACGUGAUUGCAUUCAAUAUUUUCUAUUUUUAUUAUUAUCACAUUUAUUUAUGUUUGUAACAAAAUUUAAAUUAGGAAGUUUGUGUACCAAAUUUUGAUUUCGACCUCCUUUAUAUCGGUGGCGGCUAUUUGAGCUUAAAAGAAAUAAAGGUUUUUUUCGUUAUUAUUCAAACCAUUCGUUGCUUAAACCAAGAGCCACAUUAGCAACCUUUAUACAAUCAAUAGCAUCAAGCGUAUCGCAAAAUGUCAUGCCAAUCAAUUGAUGCGAAAUUCCAAUUACCACAGCGGUACCAAGGUCAAAUACAGAGUUUUUGGGAUGAAUACAUUCAAUUGACUUUGAAGUACAAACCAAUGAAUUUGGGACUCGGCUUCACGGAUGGUCCUGUACCGCAAUAUAUAACGGACGCUCUAGCUGCAGCGGCGAAAAGUCCGAAUUCUAUAGUGAAUCAAUAUACAAGAGGAUCUGGUCAUCCUCGUCUCAUUCAAGCAUUGUCAACACUUUACUCACAACUGGUUGAUCGAAAAAUUGAUCCAAUCAAUGAAAUGUUGAUAACGAUUGGAGCGUAUGAAGCACUUUAUGCAACUAUUCAAGGUCACGUUGAUGAAGGAGAUGAAGUGAUCAUUAUCGAGCCAUUUUUCGAGUGUUAUGAGCCAAUGGUUAAAAUAUGUGGGGGUGUACCACGAUUCAUUCCCCUUCGAUUGAAUAACACCACCACCAGCAGCAACAGCGAAAUUAAUUCAAGCGAUUAUGUUCUCGAUGACGGUGAAUUAGAAGGACUCUUUAAUGAAAAGACAAAAAUGAUCAUUCUCAAUACACCAAAUAACCCUUUGGGGAAAGUCUUUUCAAGAAUCGAAUUGACCAAAAUUGCUGAGUUGUGUCAAAAGUAUAAUGUAUUGUGCGUUUCGGAUGAGGUUUAUGAGUGGAUGAUCUUUGAUGACAAUAAACAUAUUCGAAUCUGCACUCUACCUGGCAUGUGGGAACGAACAAUUACAAUUGGUUCUGCGGGUAAAACGUUCAGUGUCACUGGAUGGAAAACAGGCUGGGCAUAUGGUCCUGCCAAUCUAAUAAUUAACUUGAAAAUGGUCCAUCAAAACUGUGUCUAUAAUUGUCCAACGCCAAUUCAAGAAGCAAUUGCAAUUAUUUUCGAGGGUGAAAUCAAACGGUUAGAUUCACCGGCAUGCUAUUUCAAUGUAUUGGCAGCAGAAUUAAAGAAAAAACGUGACUUUAUGGCCGAGUUUUUAAACGAAAACGGAAUGAAACCAAUCAUUCCACAAGGAGGGUUUUUUAUGACCGCUAAUUGGUCUGCAUUAGAAAACAAAGCCGAUUUGAGUACUGAAUUGGACACACAACAAGAUUUCCGUUUCACAAAAUGGAUGAUCAAAAAUGUUGGCGUGCUGGCAAUGCCGCCGUCAGCCUUUUUCAGUGACACCAAUAAAUCCAUGAUGGAACACUUUGUGCGAUAUUGCUUCUUCAAAACGGAUGAAAACCUUCAAACAGCUGCCAAUAUUUUGAAGGAAUGGACUGGCAAAGUCAUGACGAUAAGGCAAAAUUGCUUGCCAGCGCCACCAAAUGACUCCAUAUGAUUCUAUAUAGUUCUGCGGUUACCAGCGGUACUAAUCUCUAAUAGAGCGUUGCCGAGCUGUCAUUAUCGUCGUGCUUUGUGUUUUUAAAAAUGUUUAUUUCUAACUUUGAGGUUUGAGUACGUAUUGAAUAAAAUAAAUAAAUGUUGUUGAACAUUUCA